AUAGUGUUCCUCUCGUUAUCCACCUUCCUACAGCAACCCCGAGCCAUCUAACCCACUUCCAUCACUGUCCCUUGCCCCCGCCACCCACCUCCCGAACGGAACACUGCCGACGAACGUCUUCCAAACCCUGAUAUCACCAUGGGCCGCACCUUCAGGGUCUACCUGGCUGGGGAGAAAGUACUGGCUUGCAAGCAAUGUGGGAAUCACCUCGCUGUCAGCGAAGGUGUCAUCUCUGAGCACUUUCGAGGCCAGCACGGUACCGCAUGGCUUGUGCAACAGGUGGUGAACACAUACACGGGGGACGCCGAAGACCGGGAGAUGAGCACUGGUCGACACACCGUUCGAGAUGUAUUCUGCCGGGUGUGCCACACUACCCUUGGUUGGAAAUACGACUAUGCUUUUGAGUACAGCCAAAAGUACAAAGAAGGCAAAUUCAUCCUCGAAAAGGCCUUAUUCUCCGAGAAACCUGAGCGACGAGAUAUCGGUCUUGUGCCCCGUAUCGAAGAGAUUCCUGUCCGCGACAUCAUCGCUGCGCGGGUGUGAGCUACAAGUUCGUGCGUCUUCCCUGGUCCCCCAACACGACGUACCUCAACUUCACUUUCUUCCUCUCUUAUCUCUCUUCAUUUGUAUAUCCUUCUACCAAGACUGUUGAUUUUGCUGUAUAUGUACCUAGUAAUGUUGUUUGAAUGCUUGGGGUACUUGUUCGCCUUCUUGUCCAUAUCAUAAUAUGUUGUUUACUCUUAUCUACUUCGUUCCCAUGUGUCUAUUACUUUUCUCGUUUAUUCGAUCCCUGCACUGCGAUUGCAACUUUUUGUUUGGUCAACCCCAGCGUAUGCACAUCUGUUGAACCUGGUA